AUGCUUCUUCAACUAUCCACCCUCACCCUCCUCCUCACCUCCCCCAUCCUAUCCACCGCAUCACCCACCAUCAAUGCCGACCCGUCCUUCCCCCUGACGACAGGCGCCGGUGGUUGGGAAUCAGCAUACCAACAAGCCCUCGCCCUCGUCUCACAAAUGUCCAUCCCCGAAAAAGUCAACCUAACAACCGGUAUCGGAUCCCUCGGCCGUUGCGAAGGAAAUACGGGAUCUAUUCCGCGUUUGGGAAUCCCGGAGUUGUGUUUCCAGGAUGGACCAGCAGGGAUCCGGCCGACUGAUUUCAACUCCGUUUUCCCCGCUGGAAUUACCGCUGCCUCGACCUGGGAUCGCGAACUCCUCCUCCAACGCGGUCUGGCAUUGGGUGCCGAAUGGCGCGGAAAAGGAAUCAACGUCGCACUCGCCCCAGUCACCGGAGGCCCCCUCGGCCGUAACGCAGCCGGCGGCCGAUUCUGGGAAGGCUUCGGCGCAGAUCCCUACCUCCACGGCGCGGCAGCCUACGAAACCAUCAUCGGAUGGCAAUCAAACGGCGUCAUCGCCACCGCGAAACACUGGAUCGCUUACGAACAAGAAACAUGGCGAAACACUAACUCCGGAGGUCCGGGGGCGGGGUAUCCGUUUACGUUGACGAAUUUCAAUAAUACGUAUACGCUUUCGAGUAAUGUUAGUGAUCGGACGAUGCAUGAACUUUAUAUGUGGCCGUUUGCGGAGGCGUUGAGGGCCGGGGCUGGGGCGGUGAUGUGUUCUUACAAUCGUAUUAACGGCACGCAGGCUUGUGAGGAUCCGUACUCCCUCAAUCAUCUUCUCAAGACGGAGCUCGACUUCCAAGGGUUCGUGAUGUCCGAUUGGGGAGCAACAUACUCCACCAUUCCCGCAGUCUUGGCAGGGGAGGAUGUCGAGAUGCCUGGAGGAGAUCAAUGGUUCGGACAAGGUCUCAUUGAGUCAGUGAACAAUGGCUCGGUGCCUGAGACGAGGUUGAAUGACAUGGUCACUCGUCUUCUCACGCCCUGGAUCUUCUUGGGUCAGAACAACGGAUCGUACCCCGAGACCAACUACAACGGCAAUACCCUCGAGACCUACAACGCUACGACUGGCGAGGUAAUCAACGAGCAUGUUAACGUCCAGGACGACCAUGCCGUCAUCAUCAAGAAGGUCGCGGAAGAGGGUACCAUCCUCCUCAAGAACACCGAUGGCGACCGCGGAUUGCCCCUCACCAACGUCAAGAAACUCGCUAUGUUCGGUACAGACGCAGGCGCGAAUCCCAAGGGUCCGAACUACUGCCAACAAUGGAUCCCCGGCUCUCAGCUCUGUCCGGUCGGGGCCUCGAACAACGGUACCCAAGCCGUCGGGUGGGGAAGUGGUGCCUCACUCUUCCCGUACCUCGUUGACCCGCUCGCUGCGAUCAAUGAACGUGCGUCACAGGAGCAGACCUUUGAUGUUGAGUGGGUGCUUGAGGAUUGGCCGGUUGGUGAUAGCUGGGCCACCAUUAAUGCUACUGCUCACCGUGCUACUCAUUGUCUCGUCUUUGUACAGGCGAGGAGUGGAGAGGACAGUGAUCGUCAGAACUUUACACUGUGGGAUAACGGAGACAAUCUCAUCAACACAGUCGCUGCAAACUGCCCUAACACCAUUGUCGUGGAGCACGUCGUAGGACCCGUCUUGAUGGAAGAAUGGGUCGAGAACGAGAAUGUCACUGCAAUUCUCAACGCCCAUCUCCCCGGGCAGGAAAGCGGUAACUCCCUGGUCUCAGUCCUCUUCGGCGACGUCAACCCCUCCGGAAAAUUGCCGUAUACGAUUGCUAAGAGUGCAGACGACUACAUCCCCAUCUUCGGAGAGUAUGUGAAUGACCCUCAAGUUUACUUCUCCGAAGAACUCCUUCUCGACUACCGCCGCUUCGAUGCCUUGAAUAUCACCCCUCGCUACGAGUUCGGAUUCGGAUUGUCGUACACCACGUUCUCCUACUCCGACCUCGCCAUUUCCGGCUCCGUCUCCUCCGGCCCUGCCGCUACCCCCGGUGAACAAAACGCCCCAGGCGGUUUCCCCUCACUAUUCUCCACCGCUCUUAACAUUACCGCAACCGUUGCAAACACGGGUGACUGCACCGGUGCUGAAGUCGCCCAGCUCUACCUCGGUUUCCCGGCUUCCGCGAACGAACCUCCUCGUGUCCUCCGCGGCUUCGACAAGAUCAGUUUGUGUGCCGGUGAGAGCGGACAAGUUACGUUCCCAGUUACGAAGAAGGAUCUCAGUAUCUGGGAUGUGUAUAGCCAGGGCUGGCAGAUUGUGCAGGGCACGUACGACGUGUAUGUUGGUGCCAGCAGCCGUGAUAUCAAGUUGGUGUCGAACUUUAUCGUUGCUUGA